AUGACAUUCCAAAAAAUCAACACUAGUUUGGUAUUGAUCAUAUUUUUUGCAGUUCAGUACACUGGUUCAACACAAAACAAUAAUAAUAUUCAUUUCGUUAUUGAAGAAACUUCUUUCGAUAGGCUUUGCCAAUCGAAGAAGAUUCUUACUGUCAACGGACGAUUCCCAGGGCCUACCAUAUAUGCGCGCGCUGGAGAAACGUUGGCCCUAGACGUUGAAAACAGAGGGAAGGACAACGUUACAAUGUUUUGUUGUAGGCGCGUGGGUAGACACGUGAAGUUUGAUCAAGUGGAAUGGCUAGUUGAGGCAGGGUCUACAGUAAGAAAAAAUAUCACAAUAUCUGACGACGACGAAGGGACGCUAUGGUGGCAUGCCAUGAACAUCUGGCAACGCGCCACUGUUCAUGGCGCUUUCAUUGUCCAUCCAAAACCCGGAAAGCCUGAUGAUCAUGCCAAUAUUCCCAUCAUUUUAGGUGAAUGGUGGAAGAAGGAUGUCAAGGAGGUCUUCCUUGAAUAUAUUGACUCAGGCAGUGACACAAAAUCCGACGCUUUCACGGUUAAUGGACAGCCUGGUGACUUCUACCCUUGUUCAAACAAUGGAACUUUUAGGAUUGUAGUGGAUACUGGGAAGAAAUAUCUUCUCAGAAUUGUGAACACUGCAAUCCAUAACAACCUUCACGUUGGGAUCGCAAGGCACAACUUAACCGUAAUCGCGAUGGAUGGAAGUCCUAUAGCAAAGCAAUUUACAACAGACUACGUCGAAUUGACUAGACAACACUCGAUUGAUUGCAUCUUCGAGGCAAACCAGCAACCAAAUUAUUAUUAUAUGGUUGCAGUAACGAAUAUUAGCGAGGCGUAUGACACGAAUAAAAUUACAACCGCCAUCAUAGAAUACCAAGGGAGUUACAUACCCUCUUUACCACCCCUUCUACCUCUUCUUCCCAACUUUUCCCCCAACUACGAUAAAAGUUCUAGUAGGGAUUAUUUAUAUGUAAUAAUGACUUUUGUAAUUUUGGGUUUAUUUUUUUGUACGACAUUCGUUGUUUGGUAUAGGCAGACUAAUAGGGCUCAUAGAAGCGCAACGGUCACUCCCAUGUAA